AAAUUCCAGGUUAUGGCUCUGAUCCAGGUUGUUGUGCUGGCGUUAUGCGCCCUGAUGGCUAGCGCAAACUCUUUGCGAGCAAAACGACAGCUGAGCCCUGCUGUCCGAUUGGAAAGCGAACUGCAUCCUCUUAUGAUGGGCAUGUAUGGUUUUGGAUCCGAGACGUCCGCUUUGAAACGAUCGCCAAUCACUUUGAAACGCCACAUUUCUCCUUCAUUUGACGUAGAAGAAGAUGUUGGUAAUAUGCGUGCUCUGAUGGACAUUGGAAAACGUGGGCUAAGCGUAGCUGACGAUGUUGACCGACAAAUGCAGAUGUACCAUCGACUUUUCGAUGCUGGUAAAAAACGUGCAGCCCUGUCGCCGUCAGCUGAUCUGCAAAAUGCGAUGGACUUGAGCAGCUACCUGGAGCGAGCCGGAAGAAAGUGAAUAGAAAUAAAAUUCGAGAGAUCAACAAUCGACUGACAAUCCCAUCCACACGAUUCUUACUAGGAUGCACCACAACUUUUGAUUUUGCGUAGUUGAGUAUUUUAUGUAUAGCUGCCUUGAGUGAUGAUAAUACCACCUGCAAUGCGCGUGAUGCUUAUGAUGAUCUCAGCUUGGUGAUAAAGAUUGAAC